ACAGUGCGCCUUGCGCAGGCGCGGAGCCUAGACCUCGCUGCAGCCCCCAUCGCCUCCGGGAGUCGCACCCAAGGAGUUCGCCUGCUGGCGCGUCAGUGCUCUCCCCCUCGUCUGCCCUCCCCGGUCCCCCCAGCACCCUACGCGCCCCGAUGGCGGAGUUGCGGCCUAGCGGCGCCCCCGGCCCCACCGCGCCCCCGGCCCCUGGCCCUACUGCCCCUCCGGCCUUCGCGUCGCUCUUCCCCCCAGGACUGCACGCCAUCUACGGAGAGUGCCGCCGCCUGUACCCAGACCAGCCGAACCCGCUCCAGGUUACCGCUAUCGUCAAGUACUGGUUGGGUGGCCCAGACCCUUUGGACUAUGUUAGCAUGUACAGGAAUGUGGGGAGCCCCUCUGCCAACAUCCCUGAGCACUGGCACUACAUCAGCUUUGGCCUGAGCGAUCUCUAUGGUGACAACAGAGUCCAUGAAUUCACAGGAACAGAUGGACCUAGUGGUUUUGGCUUUGAGUUGACAUUUCGUCUGAAGAGAGAAACAGGGGAGUCUGCGCCCCCAACGUGGCCAGCAGAGCUAAUGCAGGGCUUGGCCAGAUAUGUGUUUCAGUCAGAGAACACCUUCUGCAGUGGUGACCACGUGUCUUGGCACAGUCCUUUGGACAACAGUGAGUCAAGAAUUCAGCACAUGCUGCUGACAGAGGACCCGCAGAUGCAGCCUGUGCAGACGCCCUUUGGGGUGGUUACCUUCCUCCAGAUUGUCGGCGUCUGCACUGAGGAGCUCCACGCAGCCCAGCAGUGGAACGGGCAGGGCAUCCUGGAGCUGCUGCGGACGGUACCCGUCGCUGGUGGCCCCUGGCUGAUAACUGACAUGCGGAGGGGAGAGACCAUAUUUGAGAUCGACCCACACUUGCAACAGGAGCGAGUUGACAAAGGCAUCGAGACAGACGGCUCCAAUCUGAGUGGUGUCAGUGCCAAGUGUGCCUGGGAUGACCUGAGCCGGCCCCCCGAGGAUGACGAGGACAGCCGGAGCAUCUGUGUGGGCGCUCAGCCCCGGCGGCUCUCAGGCAAAGACACAGAGCAGAUCCGGGAGACCUUGAGGAGAGGACUUGAGAUCAACAGCAAACCCGUCCUUCCGCCAAUCAACCCUCAGCGACAGAACGGCCUCACCCACGACCGGGCCCCGAGCCGCAAAGACAGCCUGGAAAGCGACAGCUCCACGGCCAUUAUUCCCCACGAGCUGAUCCGCACGCGGCAGCUGGAGAGCGUCCAUCUGAAAUUCAACCAGGAGUCAGGAGCCCUCAUCCCUCUCUGCCUCAGGGGCAGGCUCCUGCACGGACGGCACUUUACAUAUAAAAGUAUCACAGGAGACAUGGCCAUCACCUUUGUCUCCACUGGAGUAGAAGGCGCCUUUGCCACCGAGGAGCACCCUUACGCAGCCCACGGACCCUGGUUACAAAUUCUGUUGACCGAAGAGUUUGUAGAGAAAAUGUUGGAAGACUUAGAAGAUCUGACUUCUCCAGAGGAAUUCAAACUUCCCAAAGAGUACAGCUGGCCAGAAAAGAAGCUCAAAGUCUCCAUCCUCCCCGACGUGGUGUUCGACAGCCCGCUGCACUAGCCUGGGCUGGCCCUGCAGGGGCCAAGGGCGAGCCCAGCUGCUUCCCGGUGACUCCAGUGUAACAACUGCAUAAACGAGAUUCCUGCAAACACAAGGAUAAGUGUGAGGAUGACUGCGUAGCCCCUACACCUCAGCCCGCUGGGAUGCCCUGCACAGGCCGCAGGGCUCCCCCUCACCUGAAGCUCGGGGGGGUCUCCGCACCUGCAGCCGGCCGAGCCACAUGACCAGGCUGGGGCCCCAGUGGGCUGCAGUUGGGCAAAUGUCAACCUUCCCCUCCUGCUGCCACCACAGAUUCUGGUUUGAGAUUUGCCUCUGGACCUCUGAUGUGCCCCCAGGUGGAGACAGGCCUCAUUCCCACCUACCCUCUGCUGCAUUGCCCAGCGGGAGGAAGGUGUAGCAGCCACCUACCCUGCCCAGCUCAACUCUGGGAAGCCUUCGGUAGUCAAGCUCUUCUGGCGGUGGAACGAUUCCUUUGAUCGUGUUUGGUUUUCUUCCUCCUUAUUUUAUUUUGUAGAAACCGGAUGGUAUUUUAUUGCUCUUCAAAGAUGUCCAGAAGCCAUGUAAAUAUGUUUUUUUUUUUUUAAGAAAGAAAAAACAGAACUUUAUUUCCAGAUGAACUUUCUCAUUCUCACAGACAAGGGCCUGGGGCCGUCUCCCCCAGAGCCGCCACCAGAAAAGCUGCUGGUGUUCGCCUGCCGGUCAAGGCCUCGGAGGAGUCAGCUUCGCACAGAGGCUUUUCUUCCCAGCCAGGCCUGGGGGAGCCGAGACACUCCCCCAUGCAGCCUGGAGCCCAGUUUAGCUGGGGCCAGGAAGGGCUGCUGCUGGUUCCCAGGUGGACUGGGCUCCCACAGAGUUCAAGAUCAUCAGGGUCUCUGAGACUUGGUGACCUCAGCCUCAUCUUCUAGGCAUUUUCCUCCCAACCAGGCCUGCCUGAGAGCAGGCGAAGCUCAGCACUUCACAGACCAUCCCCACCUGCCACUCAGGGCCUGGGUCUCCAGCUCUUUGCCACUUCUAUCCCAUUUCCUCAUCCACUGGGCCUCCCAGCCUCCAGGCUGCAGGACUCUGACUUAUUAAAAACAGAAGAAUCAACCUCUUCACAUGUCUUUCACAUUAGUUUUGCAAACACUGCACUCUACUGCCUUCCAUGCCUUCCAUUCAUUUCUGUGUUGAUUCAUUUCUCAUCCUUCAUUCUCCGCUUGUCCUGUCUCCUUUCCGGCAUCCUGGCCUCUGGUCCUUGGUUCCUCACUCCAGUACUGCAGAUCUCCCGGUCUUCCUGUCUCAUAGCCAGCCUAUCUCUGACCCAUAGUUUGGGGGUUCUUCUGGGGUUGUCUCUCACUUUUGACCUGUAAUCACAAGCCCCUCUCAGGCCCUCUUACCCCUAACUCUGGGGAUGGCAAUUACAAGACCACCCUUCUGGCUCUCCCACAACAAAGUGCUUUUGUCUGUCAGGGACCACACAGACAGACAACAUGCCUUGCCCUUGUCUGCAACCGCCACACACAUGGGCACCACCAGGAGUGCCGAGGAGCCCCCUAGGGCACAGGGCACCUCUGAUGAGCCAUCCAGCCAAAGAGCUGCCUUCAGGGGCCACGAGGGUGGCCAGGCUGUUGGACUUCCAAGGGGCCAUUCGGGUCUGGCUCUUUCUCUGCUUACACUCUCAGGGCUACCUGGUUAGCGCCAUCAAACUCAGAGCUUCAAGGCAGAUCUGCCUGGCAUCUGGGAGACACAUACCACCACCACCACCACCCCACCCACACCAACGCAGCAAAGGUGGGAAACCCUGUGGACCUGAUGCUGGCAGCAGCUGUGCCUUCUGCUCUGAGGACUUUUCCAGAAGGACAUUUCCUGGUCUUCACCCACCACAUCAUCCCCACCUUGAAAACUCUUGUCUUUAGAUGUUUUGUGGCCAAAGAGGUGUCAUUGACUUGCCUCCUUUCCUUGCCAUCCUGACCUGCUUCUCCACAGAUUCUUUCUGGGGACCUGCCUCUACCCUGCCUGCUUGGCAUCGGGGCAGAGGGGUAUUUUCUGAGCUAAGUUUUGUGGUCAGUACAGAAGGCAAAAGGGAAGCAGGUGAGCUCUGAGACAACAAGCCUGUGAAGCCUGUGGCUCCUUCCUGCCUCCCCCCACCCCUACCCCAGCCCCUCCUCUUAUUGGGAACCUCCAAGGUUCAGCUGAGACCAGCCUCCAUCUCCUUUCCCUACAAUGCUUUGGCUCCAGAGGAGUGGCAGAGCAUCUACCAUCUCUGCCCAGACCUCUUUCCCUUGAGUGGUGGUGCCUUCCAGAGGGGACUCUUCACUGAGAGGAGACCCUCAUUGAGGAUAAAGCAAGACAGACUGGGGGGCACAUUCAGCACAGCACUUGGCAUAUGGCAGGCACUCACUAGAUGGACCCCUUCUUUCCCUCUCCGUAGCUCUUUGGAAACCCUGACCUCAUAGUAAGUUGGGGAGGUUAAGAAGUCUCCCUCCCUACAUCUGCCUACAUAGGCUUCCCAGAAGCUUGCCCCUUCCUACUCUGUCCCUCCAUGUCCUUGUGACUGAAGCUUCUGAGGGGAAGGGGCUCCUCCAUGCUGUUUGCUGGCAACACAAGGUGGACACAGCCGCGGCUGCUCAGGCCCAGUGUGGGCUGCAGGAGGCCCACGGCCCCAGCUGCCAUUCUGUGGGGGUGGAGAAGCUCACGCAGGGUCUCAGGUCUGCCUGGGGAGCUGGUGCCUCUUCCUGCCCUUCUCUUCCAGAGGCGAGGCUUCAGGGCAGGGUCUGGGAAGCCUUGGGAAGAAUCUAAAGGGCUAGCAUGUUUUAAAAAAUUAAUGCAAGUUCUUGGGACUGGGUUUUGAGAUUGAGAACAGGGGAGAAACCUGCAGGUCCGCCCCUAUGGGGCAGACCAGGAGAGAAUUCCCUUGACUGUAUUUUUUUAUCUGGUUGUCUUUCCUCGCUGGCUUCCAGGUCCUUGUGUCAAGUGAGGUACCUGGGUCCCUGUUAUAAGUCAGGAGUCCUGUAGAAAGAGCCCUCCUUUUGUACAAGUAUCUGAACGCUGCAAUGAGCAGACUUUUGUAAAAAUUUUAUAUUAGUUUCUAAUGUCAGUGGUGACUCGGUUCCUGGGGGCUGCAGCCAGCCUGGGACUUUUGUAAGAAUUUUUGGGUGACUCACUUAGAUGUCGUUUCCUUCUUGUCCCCUCUUCCUCUG